AUGGAUCCCGCCUCGGCGCCGAGGGCUUCGAGCCCGCUAGCAAGUCACGCACCCGCUUCUUCGCCCGACAAGCAUGCGCGCGACGCCGCCGACAGCGUGGAGCGGGACGCGAAGCGCGCCAAGACGGCACACGACACGGCGUCGGCUUCCCCGCUACAGCUCGCCUCAACCAAGCCCGUCUCGCGGGUCGGCAGCGUCGACGUCAAGCUCGAGGUCGAGACGGAUGCCGGGAGCCGGGGGCCGACGCCCUCGGCCAGCCGGCAUGCGAGCCCCGCUGCGCUCGAGAAGCCUAAGAAGAAGCCGACGAGCAGCAGCAGUAAGGCCCCGCUGUCGGCUUCGUCGAGCGCGUCGGCGAAGAAACCUCCCAACAAGUCGAAGGAGGUGAAGAAGGCCGCUGUAGUGGACAAGAAGAAGGCCAAGCCCAAGUCUCGGACACUCGACGAGCUCAAGUCUGAACGGGCGCGCAGUACAUCGACACAGCCGACGACACCAGGACUCGACAACGAGUCCGAAGACGUGUACUGUAUUUGCAAGGGCGCGGUCGAGGAAGAGGAGGGCGGCACGAUGAUUGGGUGUGAAGUCUGCGACAACUGGUUCCACCCGUCGUGCACCGGCGUCGCCGAGUCCGAGGUCGACCUGUUAGACGUCUUCAUCUGCAAGGACUGCGAGGCCAAGACGUCGCGGCGGACAGUGUACAAGACGCUGUGUAAGCGCGAGGGGUGCGGCCGGAACGCGCGGAGCCCGUCAAAGUUCUGCUCGUCACGGUGCGCGUUCCAGCACGCGCAAGGGGUGCUAGCAGGGGUAGACAACAAGAAGGCGCGGGGCCAGCUACAGACCGCUCUGGCAGCGUACCCCUCUCCCACACCGACCGUCAGCGUCGAGCACCACGGGCACGUUGCGGAGCCAGCGGCGCCGCCCAACGCCGAGGGCGAGCUGCUCGCCGAGCUCCGACAGCAGGGCGACGGCGUGGUGCGCGCGCUCGAGCUCGUCGCGAAGCGCCAGGCGAUCCUCGAACAGGCCGUGGCGUACUACGACUCGCUUGUCGUCACGCUCGCACCGGCCGCGCCCGCGCCGACGAAGAAGAGCAAGAACAAGCGCCGCGACGGGCAGAAGGAGGAGCGGCCGUGCGCGUUCGACCCGCGCCUGCUGUGGGACGACGAGGCGGUCACGGCAUGGAGCGGCGAGGAGGCGCCGGUCGAGGAGGUGCCAGUGGACGAGGAGCCCGAGGCCGGAGAAGGCGGUGACGGCGGCGACGGCGAGGAUGCCCCGGCCGCGACGCCCAAGCCGCCUUCCCGCGCCGUGUGCAAGAACGGCCGGAGGUGCGAUCGCCACCAGGGCUGGCAGCGCACCACGGCAGUCGCGCUAGAGGUGGAAGUCGCGCAGCUCACACGGAGGCGCGACGAGCUGGCAGCCUACGCCGAGGGCAUCGAGCGCGAGGCCGACGUCGACGCGGCAGGCGCCAAGGCGAGGGACGAGGUGCACCGCCGGCUUGUCAAGGCGUAACGUCGUCAUGCAUGUCGUGUACUCAUAUC